AUAAUGGGAAGAUCGCCUUGCUGUGACAAAAAUGCCCUCAAGAAAGGUCCAUGGACCCCCGAAGAAGACGCGAAGCUGACUCACCACAUUCAGAUGCAUGGCCCUGGAAAUUGGAGAACCCUUCCUAAAAUUGCUGGUCUUGAAAGAUGUGGGAAGAGUUGUCGGCUUCGUUGGACUAAUUAUCUAAGGCCAGAUAUCAAGAGAGGAAGAUUUUCUUUUGAGGAAGAGGAAACCAUAAUCCAACUCCAUAGUGUUCUUGGCAACAAGUGGUCUGCAAUCGCGGCACGUUUGCCAGGAAGAACGGAUAACGAAAUAAAGAACUAUUGGAACACACACAUUAGAAAGAGGCUCCUUAAAAUGGGAAUCGACCCGGUGACUCAUUCCCCUCGUCUCGACCUAUUAGACCUUUCGUCUCUUCUCAUGAAUAAUUCGCCUCAUCUCAAUAAUUUAUCGAAUCUUAUUCGCCUCCAAACACUCGUAAAUCCAGAAGCACUAAGAGUUGCACUUACUCUUCUUUCAUCACAUGAGCAAAAUGACCAAAACAACCACUUAUUAAAUUAUCCUAAUAUUCUUGAACAGCAAAUUCAAAACACGGUGGCCCCACCGGUUGUUAUCCAACCUAAUCAGACGUUUGAUAAUAUUAUCAACCAACAAAUCCCGUGGACUUUUGCAACUUCUUCGUUACAAGGGGGUGUGGGCCCCACAUACUCAAAUAGCACAAGUGAUGAUCAAAGUUUAUACAAUGGGGUUUCGUCUGAUCAAAUGAAGGCAGAUAAUAAUAACUCGAGAUUUGAUCAGUCAUUCAACGGUAUGGAUUUUAGCUUCGAUUCGGUUAUAUCGACGCCUGAGCCUAAUAUGAGCGGCAGCACAGAAGAAUAUGAGAGAGAGAGCUUUUGUAGUGAUCUGUUCAAGUUUGAAAUUCCUGAGGGUUUUGAUUAUUUUGAUGAUUUCAUGUAAUUUAAAAAAAUGUCGGAAGUUGAUUUCUAUUAGGUUGUGUCACGUUAUGACCUU